UAUUUUGUGUUUAAGCUUUUAUAUGAGUGAGGAAUUUGUGUGAAGAAUUUUAUGUAAAAUUGAUAAGCAUGUGUAUACCACAAUGUGCAGAAACAUAAAACAUAGGGUAAAACAAUCUGCAGAUUCUUUCAUCAAUUUAACAGAUGUGGCCAACUUUACUCUUUUUCUUAGAGUUUUCUAUUCACUUUUUUGUUGUGGUUUUAGAGUAUAAACAUUUUGUUUGUAUUUGUUCAGUGAUUUGUCAACCCCUUGAUGUUUUAUGAGAAACAAAGAUUCAUUUUUGCUGAAUGAAUUUUAUUAUUAUAUCACUGUUUAUGUAUUGCAAAGUGAUAAAGACAACACUAUCAACAGUAUGCAAUGUCCAAAUUGAUGGACAAAAGGUGUUAAUGAAAAACAUCACAUGUCAUUCGCCAGCUGAUGCCAUGCAUUGUUUCCAUGAUCCAAUAUUUUGUGAAAAUUAUUUUCCACGGAGACGAGAACUGGCUGAUGACGAUCGACCAGCAUACGGAGAAUACAGUUCAUUGCAUCAUAAAAACUGGAUACGUAUCAUACAGCAUGGUGGAAUUGCGUUUUUAUACCAUCCAUGUCUUAAAAAAGUCGAAAUAAACAAAUUGAGAAAACUGGCUGCUAGCUGUCUACAUCGUUAUGUGUUGGCUCCUUAUGAAAAAUUAUCAGAAAAACAACCUUUUGGUAUUAUCAGUUGGGGAUGCUUUUAUAUCUCAUCGCUUGCCAACGUGACUGAUAUGAAAACGUUCAUCCGUGAAAGAGCAAACAACGGACCGGCUUCUCAUGUGAAAACAAAUGGAAAAUUUCAGACGAAUUUAAUCGAACCAUCAGCAGUUGUCACUAAUGAGAGAGACCAAAUUCUUUGUCCUACAAAGAAAGAGAGACAAUUAUUCACCGUACCACCAGUAACGAAGAAAAAGAAAGAUCCAGAAUCUAUCAUCCAAAAACGUUUGGAAACUGCACUUCACAAGCGAGACAAACCAGACAUAAACAUAUCCGCCAAUAUCACGCUAACGAAAGUGCAGGCUGGGAAUGCAGUGUGGGCUGCUGGGAGUUUAAUAUUUUUGUGUGGCAUUCUCAUAGGUGUUCUCUUGUAUACAAAAAUGUGGUCACACGAAGAAAAACAGCAUAAAUAUAAUCGACUACAGGAUUACUCUGAUGGAUUCGAGUACGAGUCUGGCCACAGCCAGUUUAGUUUACUUAAAAGUAGUCAAAAAUUUAUGAGCGUUUUUAGACGAGAAGAUAAACAUGAACCUAAGUUAGACUCGAUGAGUCGAAUGAACUUGAUGAUCCCUAUUGAUGAAGAGGAUGAGGAGGACGAGACAAUAUUUCAAAGAUAAUAAAUGUGAAUUUAUUUAUUUAUAUAGGAUAAAAAGGGAAUUUUUGUCUUUUAUACGUCCAUGGCCAAACGGUAAAGUGUACUUUUCUAACAUUUUGAACUAGCAAUAAUCGUGUGUAUAUUUUAAAAACAACUUGCUUUGUAACAAGAAAAAUAAAACGCAACAAAAUAUCAAACCAUGUUGCGUGGAACUGAGUAGCUAUUUCAACCAUAUUCUGUUGGAAUGUCAAAAUAUUGUGCAUGUUUUUACAAUAAACUAUUUGUGUAACUGCUAACCAUGUGGCUUUUCUGUAAAAUUUAAAACACUUGAUUCGACUUCUUAAGUGGGAUCAACACGAAACAUUUCGACCAAUUAAGAAGUUAGGUUGAAAGUUUGCUAAUAAAACGAACAGUAACUUUUUGUGUAUAUUUUUGGUAUGGUGUAAGUUUUUGUAUUAUAUAGAGCAUAGAAAUAUUUAAGAUUUGAUUGUUAAUAUGUUAUUAUACAUUUUUGUGGAACAUAAUGA